AUGUCAUAUCAAAAUCCAGCUACAUUCUCACCGUAUACUCCACCUCCUGAUGAGCAAAAGUCGAACCGCAAUUCCGUUCGAUAUGCACCGAUUCCUAGUAGCAGUACAACUGCGUCAACCUCCGCUUCUGCUUCUGCAAAUCCCUUUGCCGGAGUUUAUAAGCAAACAGAACAAUUCCCUGAUGCUCAAAUAAGGAUCAAUAAAUAUGAGACGGGCUUGCCAAUAAGAGUUGAUAUUGAAGCGGCUUUGGCUUAUGCGCUGGGCUGUGUAACUGCCUAUGUGGAUGGAAUUACUUUGGAACGAUUUGAAUUACCGAUUUUUGGUACUUUAGCCAGUUCUUGGGUGGAUAGCGAAUAA